AGGUUCCAGAUUCCAACCAAUCACAUCCAUUCAUUCGCCAUAGCUCCUCGCGCACACUGUCUCCACGUCGCAUCGUUUUCUCUCAAGUUGUAGAGUUCCCACCCUCGUCCCCUCCCAAGCAUGGCUGAAGACUCGAUGGAAAUAGAUGACUCUCUAUACAGUCGUCAGCGCUAUGUGUUGGGAGACAGUGCCAUGCAACAGAUGGCCCAGUCUGCAGUUUUUCUCAGUGGAUUGGGUGGGCCGGGAAUCGAGAUAGCAAAGAACAUUGUCCUAGCUGGGCUAAAGGCUGUGACACUCCAUGACACAAAGCAGUGUGAGACCUGGGAUCUCGGCUCCAACUUCUUUAUUCACAAAGAGGAUGUGUUGAGCCAGCGGAAAAGGGCAGAGGCAGUUUGCCCUCGAGUUGCAGAGUUGAAUCCCUAUGUCCAUGUUGACACUUCCAUUACAGCUUUGGAUGACAACACCGAUCUGAGCUUUCUCCGAAACUAUCAGUGUGUAAUUCUGACUGAAGCCAGACUGAGCCUUCAAAAGAGAGUCAAUGAUUUCUGCCACGCACAAUGCCCUCCCAUCAGGUUCAUCAGCUGUGACACAUAUGGCAUCAGUGUGCGGGUGUUCUGUGAUUUUGGAGAGGACUUUGAAGUUUUCGAUUCCACAGGGGAAGAACCUAAGGAAAUUUUCAUCCAAAGCAUCACCCGCGAUAAUCCUGGGGUGUUAACUUGCUUGGACAACCAACCUCAUUGCCUCCAGACUGGUCAGUGCAUCGUCUUUAGAGAAGUCAAUGGAAUGGAGGAACUCAACGGCACCUCAAGACAGGUUACAGUCCUUUCCCCGCACAGUUUUGCAAUAGGAGAUACAUCCCAACUACAAGAAUACACGCAUGGCGGUUUCUUUGUCCUUUUGAAAACCCCAAAGAUGUACACAUUUGAAACUCUCGAGAGACAGUUAUGGGAUCCUCAGGUGUUGACUCCAGACUUCAGUAAACCAGAGGCACCGCUACAGAUCCAUGCUGCCAUGUUGGCGCUAGACACCUUUCAAGAACAGGAAAAUAGACUUCCUAACAUAGGCUGUUUACAGGAUGCUCAGACGCUACUGAAAUUAACUGAGGAAGUGAAUGCAACACUCAGGAACAAAGCUCCUGUGAAUGCAGAGUUGGUGCAAUGGCUGGCAAGAACAGCGAGGGGAACUCUUCCUCCAUUAGCGGCUGCUGUAGGAGGCCUUGCGAGUCAAGAGGUCCUUAAAGCCAUCACAGGGAAGUUUGCACCUCUUCAGCAAUGGUUUUAUCUUGAUGUCAUUGAAUUAGUCAAGCCACUUCAGUCUCUGCCUGUUGAUGACUUUCUUCCUCGGGGAGACCGAUACGAUGGACUGCGAGUUUGUAUCGGUGAAUCGUUGUGUAGGGAGCUGCACAAGCUCAGGGUUUUCUUGGUUGGCUGCGGUGCCAUAGGCUGCGAAAUGCUGAAAAACUUUGCCUUGCUCGGAGUGGGAUUGGGUCAGAGUUCGGGAGAGGUGUAUAUUACGGAUCCAGACCUCAUAGAAAAGUCCAACCUGAAUAGACAGUUUCUUUUCAGACCACAUCAUAUCCAGAAACCAAAGAGUACAACAGCAGCAGAAGCCACUUUGAAUAUUAACCCAGAUCUACAGGUAGAUGCUCACCUCAACAAGGUGUGUCCUGCUACUGAGAGCAUCUACAGUGAUUCCUUUUACUCACGCCUGAACCUGGUGGUCACUGCACUGGACAAUGUAGAGGCCCGGAGAUACGUAGACAGUCGCUGCGUAUCCAAUCAGCGAGCACUCUUAGACUCUGGGACGAUGGGAACUAAAGGACAUACAGAAAUUAUUGUGCCAAAUUUGACAGAAUCCUACAAUAGCCAUAGGGACCCUCCAGAAGAGGAAAUCCCUUUCUGCACUCUAAAGUCAUUCCCUUCUGUCAUAGAGCACACCAUUCAGUGGGCCAGAGACAAGUUUGAGAAUGCAUUUGCCCUGAAGCCCUCCAUGUACAACAACUUCUGGCAGACCCAUAUAUCAGCGGAAUUUGUGCUGCAGAGGAUGCAGGCAGGUGAAAGUUUGGAGGGCUCAUUUGAAGUCAUCAAACUGCUCAACAGGCGGCCCCAUUGUUGGGAACAGUGUGUAACCUUGGCUAGGCUUAAAUUUGAAAAGUAUUUCAAGAGAAAGGCCCUGCAACUUCUUCAUGCUUUUCCAUUGGACACGAGGUUAAAAGAUGGAAGUUUAUUUUGGCAGUCUCCCAAAAGACCACCAGCUCCUAUCGAUUUUGACUUAAAAGACCCCCUGCACUUCACUUUUAUUGUGAGCACGGCCCGGCUCUUUGCUGACAUUUACAACAUUCCGUACUCAGAGAAGGAUCUAAGGGGAGACACUGUGGCUGAAAUCCUUUUGCACGUAAAGAUCCCGGAAUACCAGCCCUCCGUCAAAUGUAUCGAGACGGACGAGUCGGCAAAGAAGCCGGAUCAGUUGAAGAUGCCUCUAAGCAGUGAAGAGGAAAGAGCGGCCAUUGGGCAGCUAAAGCUUGCUAUUUCUGGCGAUUUUGUCAAAGCAGACAGGUUGCGAAUGUCGCCACUGGAGUUCGAGAAGGAUGACGACAGCAACGGCCACAUGGAUUUCGUCACGGCUGCGUCUUCCCUCAGAGCCAAGAUGUACUCCAUCGAGCCCGCAGACCGAUUCAAAACCAAACGCAUCGCUGGCAAGAUCAUCCCUGCCAUUGCUACGGCAACAGCAGCUGUGGCUGGACUGGUGGCUCUGGAGCUGAUCAAGAUAGUUGGAGGCUUUGGCUUUGAAUCUUUGAAAAAUUGCUUUUUCAACUUGGCCCUCCCUGUAAUUCUCUUCACUGAGCCGGCGGCUGUCAAACGGGCAUACAUCCGGGAGAAUAUUUACUUUUCCAUCUGGGACUGCUGGACUAUCAGUGGCCGUGAGGACUUUACCUUGUCUGACUUCAUGAAUGCAGUCAGGGAGAAGUAUGGAAUUGAACCCACGAUGGUCGUCCACGGUGUGAAAAUGCUCUAUGUGCCUGUGAUGCCAGGACACACAAAAAGACUUAAACUGACGAUGCUGAAGCUGAUCAAGCCAUCGGCGGGCCGUCAGUAUGUCGACCUCACUGUAUCGUUUGCGCCGGAGAGAGCUGAUGAAGAAGACCUCCCCGGUCCCCCCGUCCGGUACUUCUUUAGCCGCGCCGAACACGCGCCAUGAUGCAUCCGUUUCCUGUCUCCUUCAUGUACGCUGUCAGAAUGACCAGGAAGUGGUUCCAGCACACGACGCCGCCACCUCAGCCUUGCUUCCUGGUUUUUCUCCGAUACAAGCAGAGGAACAUGAAGGUUCCUGGAUAGCACUUAACUGUACUUGUGUACAUACAGUAUGUUCUUUUUUUGUUGUUUUUUACUGACGAUCAAGUCUACAACAACGCCUGUGCUGAUGCCUUAAUCAAGACCCAUUUUUGUUUGUGGUACUAAGGCCAUUUAUUAAAAAAAAAUGUUUACAUUAUCAUGCACACUCCACUAAGCUCCGAUUUUUUUCAUUUUUGACCACUUGUUGGCAUUGCCUUCAUUGAAGGACAGUCAUGUUUGGUUCAUUGGUGUCACAUAUCAGUGGAGAUGCUGCCUUUCCUUGUUAAAUCUGCGUUACAAGUGUUUUUAAAGCAUUAUUUCAUGAUUAAGUUGCACUUCCUGUAUAUGCAUACUUAGUUGCAGAUGGAUUUUGGAUCAUCUUCCUGCUGCUAUCUCAAGAUUUCUUUCUAGAUUUGUUUCCCGUGUGUACUCCUAAUUGCGUUUAAUCCUUGCUUGCGUUGUCGUGUACAAAUGAACUGUCUGGUGAAAGAAGGAUAGUUGAAGAAAAGCAACUGAUUUUGAGGUCCACCUCCACACACAAACGUAAAAACAUCACUUCCACAUGAUUAUUUGCAGUCCCCAAUUGAAAAAAAAUGUUACUGUUAUAACUUGUGACAUUCAAUUCAGAGGUUCAAUAAAAAUGUGACUUUUCAGGCUGUUGAACAUGCAACU